AACUGUAUCUCGGUAUACGAUGCAGAACGUACGUCGGAUGUGCUGGCUGUUUUGGGUGGGUCUACCGAUGCUCGCAGCCUAUCCUGUACCGUCACCGCUUGUCGCUGAUAAUUCAUCUCAAGGACGUGCUUCCUGGCAAUGGGAACAUUAUUGGAUGCGUUAUGCGAUUGCUCUGUCGAGCGUCACCGCCACAGCAUUAACUUUAGCUGGAUGUCUUUGUUGCCAAAGACAUAGAAGACCUAAAGGAUUUCAGGACAAAGCAGAAAAAAAAUACGAUCAGGAAUUCAAGGAUGGGAGCAGUACAGGACAAGAAAAUGCAUUCGAUCGCUCUGUCGAAGGAUUGGAAUUAGAUGCCUCCAGAACGUUAGCCGCUUCCGAAAGGGUUCAGUUUGAACCCUUACCAGUGGAUUCAAUCGUAUCCGGAACUAGAAGUGUUCCAAAACAUAAAGCAAUACCUUUGUCAGCACCGCGUAUCGAGGAUCAAGAUACGGAUUACUCUAUUCUACAAGAACCAUGUAGCGAAUGGUUUAACUCCAACGAGCUUUAUGUUCCCCGAGAGAAACUCAAAUAUCUUAGGGAAAUAGGUCAUGGAUGGUUUGGAAAAGUUGUUGAAGGUCGAGCAGAUUUGGAACAGUCUAAAGGCAUGUCGAAAUCAGGCGGUGUAGUAGUAAGAAUUCUCACCGAAGAAGCUACUACCAGAGAAAAGGCUUGGUUUCUUGGCGAGGCCACGCCGUACUUAAAACUACGUCACCAAAAUGUCUUAGCUUUACUUGGGUUUUGCCUAGAAACCGAUCCGUACCUUUUACUGUUUGAAUCGUGUCCAGCUGGCGAUUUAAAAGGUUUCUUGCUUUCAAACCGCGAUAGCAAGUCAAGAGAAGCACUUGCCAAGGAAAAUAUUCCAAUACGAAUUGCGAUAGAUAUUGCAUCUGGUUUAAAACAUAUGCAUAGUCAUGGCUUCGCGCAUACGGAUCUCUCCGCGAGAAACUGUCUGAUUGCUCCAGACUUAUCGGCCAAGUUAGGUGAUUACGGUACCGGUGUAGAGAAAUAUCCCGAGGACUAUUAUAUAGUAGGAGAUCGAGCCUUACCCAUCAGAUGGUCCGCGCCAGAAAGUUUGAACUGUACGGACACUACCAUCGAAACGCAAGAGAUCACGUUACAAGCCAAUAUGUGGAGUUACGCGAUUCUCCUUUGGGAGAUCACUAGUUGGGGAGAAAGACCUUACAACGAUAUGAACGACGAACAGGUUAUUCAGAUAAUUCUAUCUCUGAAAAAUCAAUUUGUGCCAAACGGCACGAAACUGCUGCAAAAUUAUCUCACUAAUUGUCCGCCAAAUAUAUUUCAAAUGAUUCGCUUGUGUUUAAAUGUCAAUGCGAAAGACAGACCUUCCUUGGACGAUGUAAAGCUAAUUCUCCUGAAUGAACAAUCGGCACACAUAGAUUUUGAGCAACGAUGGGAGAGUUUACGCGCGAAUACUUGCAAACAGCAUGUACGCAGUGCUAGCUUACAAGAUCUACGUGGUAGUAUCGAUUCCGAUUACUGGACUCAUAUCGUGGAUGACGCACAAAUGACAGACUCAUUACAGUCUUCGUUUCGUCUUGGACCUGACGAACAAGUGAGGAAUAUCCCCAAAAUGAAGACUACCAUGAUAUUUCAAGAAUCUGGCUCGGAAACCGAGGAAGAAAGCUGGAAGGGUCGAAUCGAGCAGGGUGUAUAUACUGAAAAAGUCAAACAAAAGUCCAAGUCUGUAACAGAUCUUAUGGUGCUUGUACAUAUCGAUCCUGAUUCCGACGCAGAAUGGUCAAUGGGAGCGCAAACGUCAGAGAAGAACGUUAAAAAGAAGUUAUCUGUGACCGGUAGCGACAGCGACCUUAGACAUACCGUGCCUGCGGAUGAGUUUGAUGAAGCAUUGAAGAAGUUACGAGAUCCUUUACCGAGUAACACUACCAAUAAAAUCUGGUCUGUAGAAAAUAUACAACAGCCAAAGGUUUUAACUUUGACUACAGAUCAAAGUCAGAUGCCGAUCUUACGUCUCUCUUUGGACAGUACGAGAAAAACUCCGGAAAAUAACAAUAUUGCGCAAUCUAAUGCAAGCGUGAGUAGUAAGCAGCGCGGCAGUGAAAAACAUGUAUUAAGACUCUUGUCAAAUGGGGAUUCGGACGUCCCCCUUCUUCGCUAUGUACCUGAUCAAACAUUUUCCGAUGAAGAAGUAGAACAGAAGGAGGACCAUGAGAUACACGAUAUACCCCUCGUCAAUAAAGGGGACAGUGACGAUAUUCCUAAUGUGAAAGAUGCUGAGACCAAUACAGUAGACGUUUUACUUUGGAAUCACGCAUUAGAUUCCGCUUUACAACACAAAGUACCAGGCUUCUCGGAUGAAGCAGAAUUCAACGAAUACAUAAACACAUCGACUGAACAAAGUAAUACUAGUGCGCCAGAACUGACUAUGUCUACGCCAGAUGCACCACAGUUUUGUAACACCUAUCCAAUUUAUACCACUGACGAUAGUUUUUCUAUUGUAGAAAAUGCGGAAAUAGAACGAAAACCAUUGCCAAAUGAUGACGAAGAGGAGAGAAAGCAAUUAUCCACGCCGGAUGACGAACAAAGUUCUGAUUCCGGUUUUCGAGAUAAAGAAUCUUGCGAGGAAGAGGAAGCAGUUUGUUCAUCCGGCAAUCCUCUGUCUUCAGUAAAUAGCAUUGCAGUUUCCAGAUCGUCAUAUUCCGAAGAAGAGCCAUUCCAAAUUUUAUUUGAGCUAGACACUAUUCUUGACGCGGAAUAUUACACUACUCCCGCUGGUCCUGAAAGUAUAACGGAAGAUGUAACUUCCACAUCCGACAUCGAGAAAAAUAUAUAUUCGCCUUCGAAACAAAGUACUUUUGACUUAAAUCAUAUUUCUGUUAAAGUUGACGUUACCAAUUCCGAUUCGACUCACUUGAACGAUACAAAGCAGAGUUCGAAUCGGGUGAAAUAUGAAAGUACGAUAGAAGACAUCGAAACGAAAAAUAAGUACGUAACUCCUGAAAAAAUGCAGGUAUUUAAAACCGAUAGUGAUAUCCGUCAAUCACACUAUUCAGAAGUGGAGACACACGCCUUAAAAUUGGACGCCCUCAAUACUCAGCGAGGUGAGUGCUCAUUGGGAGAUUACGAAAAUGAGGAUGAGGACAGUUCAACGGUGAGUUUACGUAGCGACAACUCAUACGUGUCGUUCAGUAUGGAGGAAGAAUUCGUAACGGCGAUUCGUAACGAACUCAGGGAAAAGUUGCCUCAAGCUCAGAUGCAAAUCGUGGAAUCCUUGGAAGCACACGAUGAUGAAAAUUCUUCCAUUUCUGACGACGCAUAUGGCAAACAGUGGGACGAUGAAGAUGGCGAUGAUUUAGCUAAUCAAAUUAGCGGAGGUGUAGACAUUUCGAUCAGGUACAAUGUAUAUGGAACACCGCUUAGCCCUAUCCUAGAAGAGCGAGAAAGUACCGUCACCUCCGAAUCUUUAGUGUCGAAUUCUAGAGAAACGUCCGUCGCUUCGAGAGAAUCGGUGCCGUCCGAAGAUAUGCUGUUGGUGGAUACUCGUACGAAUGAAAUGAUAUUGUUGGAGGGACGAUUACAGGAUGAAGAUCGAGAUACGACGAAUGGUGAUUUGUCCGAGGAGGAAAAUUUAGAUUACACUUGUUCAGUAGCACGUCCGUUAGAGGAUAAGUCGCAUAUUGUGAAAACGAAUGGAGGUGCGCCGUUACCAAGUCCUGAGGAAGAAUCCAAAUGGCAACAGUUACCUUCUUUUCCACUACCUUUACCGUUGCAAGAUGAUUUGAUGUCGACGAGUUUUGUCACCGAACGCGAAUGCUGUAGUCAAGAUGAAGACGAAGAGGAGGAGGAGGAAGAGGAAGAGGAAGAAGAAGUGGAAGAGGAAGAAGAUGAAGAUGGAGAAGAAGAUGAGGAUAACAGUUCUAGCUCCGGUGAAUUUGUGUGGAAGAGGUAUAACGAGCUACACAUCGAGCAGAUACGAAUCAGAAGUACUGUGAAUAACGAUAAAACGAACACAGCGACGAGUGCCGAAUUAGAGGAAGAAUUAGCUGUCGAGGACGAAGAGGAGGAAGAAGAAUUCACACCUUCUGCCUGGAAUGCUGCUUUAGCACCACAUCGAUCGGCACUGAGGUCUCCGGACAAAACGUUAAAAUCAGGAGAUGAGUUGGAUCAGAAGAAGAGCGUGUGGUUCAAGAAACAACGCUAUCAAUGCGUGUACGAGUACCCAAAGGAAACGUUACCAGCGGACAGUCAAGGGGAUACUGUUACCAACUCGGAACCAACGUCAUAUUCUGAUUGGGAAGAAAUGAUGAAUGAACCACGAUUAGAUCUAUAUCCUUUAGAUUAUGAUGAUACCAAUCAUGUUGGAAACGAAGAAUUUUUUGUAUCUAGUUCAAAUCGACCGUUUCAGUUUCAAACUGGUGAAAGUAAAUACGUCAGCCAAUUUUUUCCUGGUGCAAACGCGACUUCAUUUUCUGACGAUCGAGAUGAAACAGAUAGUUGCCGACAAGAGCCGCAUCAGAAUAACGUUGAUUUUGCGCAUGAAUAUGACCAAGGUCAGCAGCAUCAGUUAGGAGAGUUAAGACACACUAGAGAUCGUUUGAAAUUAAACUUGGUAUCAUCGAAUGGAAUACCGUCCGCCCCGUUUGUUCCUGCGAGACAAUCGCUCGAAGAAGAGCAAUUAGAUAUUAAAGAGAAUCACGAACCGGAACUCUUAGAGAAAGUCACGCAGGACCAAUAUAUUGUAUCGAGUUCAAUAAAUGACACAUUACCAAAGGUGCCUCAUGAAGAUGUUCAGGUCGAUUCAUCUUCUACAAGAAUUUCUCAGUGUGAUAGUCAAGAGACGCUGGAGCCCACCGAGAAGUGCAGUGUUUUAGCUCGUGAUUAAAAUGAGACUAAAGUCUGUAAUGGAAUUUUAGGACAGUUUAGUAUACACAAAUCCGUCCGAAAUAAUCUCGUCGUGAAAAUGUGGUGAUUCUCUUUGUUAGCGCACACACGAUCUGAUGGAUUAUCACCAAUGAGAUUAUUACUACGACACUAUUACUACGAAUCUCGAACAAAUGUAUAUAAGAAAGAUGUAGCCAAUAUUACUCGAGGCUAUACAAAUCGAUCGGUUGUAAUAUGGAUCUUGUUAGCGAAGUUGUUAUGAUUGUUCUGUAACAAAUAUGGAAAAACGUGUCAAUAUAUAGAUAGUCGCGGCUUUAUAUUAUUAAUAAAGCUUAUUCGUAUGACGGUUUAUAGUCAAAGAACAAAGUAAGUAACAACGGAGGAGCUGUAUAAAAUGUGGACAUAUGAGUAUUAAUUCUAGACAAUCGAUUUGUAGAAGCUACAUCGAAUUACGAUGAACAAUUCGUUGCGCGUGUAAAUAAUUAUUAUUUAUAAUGUAAUUGUUAAACGAGCAGUAGUGCCUAUGUAGAACAAUUAUUUUUGUGACUCCUCUAUAAGAAACUCGAUAUAUAACCGUCUUUCAUGUCAUCUUGUUCUUCUCUGCCAACACUCAUUGUCAUAUUUCUUGAUAUUAAUUAUAUUAUUAACAAAUCUGCUCUCUACACUAUCAAAGUAUUAUAUAGUAAAGUAUACGGGACUGCCAUCCCACUUUUAAAGAUUCAAGGUAGCAAAGGAAAAAUACGAAAAUACUUGCACGACUAAUUUUCUAUAUGAUAUAUACACGAUAUAUUGAUAGACUUUUACUUUUAUUAUAGAUCUGUGAUGAGAAGAAUAUAGUACGUACAUUGAUAUGUUUUAUAUUGGAUUUAAAACCAUUAUAUUAUAUUGAAUGAGAAACAAGACAAGAGCUCUUGCAUUAUCGAAUAUGUUUAAAUUGGAAAUUCGCAUAUAUUGUACUAAAGCGAGAAUCUUUCAAGCCAGUUUGUUUUAAUGAAUGCGUGAUAACAAAAAAAAAGCGAUUAUGUUAUAGAAAAUUUUGCCUUCUCUGUAAUAAUAUAAUAGAAAUCUCGAACAGAAAUCUCAGAUAUUUAUCUUUAUGCUAACAGAUAACUUUGUGCGUUUACGGUAUAUUUGCUUCACGAUACAUAUAAAAGUGUGCAAUACAAACAAAUAACUGUUAAUAAGUUCAAUAUGAUACAUUGUGUGUAAAGGAUAUUCUAUAAAUCUAAAAUAUUCGCGGAAACUCGAUAUAAGUACGAUCGCAAAUGCUGUUUUAGAGAAAUUUUUACAAAUAUUUGUUUCCAAUAAUGUAUCUCUGUAUAAUUGUAUAAUUAUUCAUCUUGGAACAUAAAGAGACUGUUGUAAUUAGAACGAAUCAAUGAAACAGUAUCGAAAUGCAAAUAGUUUAGUAUCAUAAGAAAACCGUGUGGGAAUUUGUGCCACUGACGUUUCACAAAUGCAUACGAUAUUGAGAAGAAAUACAAACAAAUCGCUGCUACCAUAACACCGUGAGUGCUGUCAGACGUUUCUCGCUAUUACAUCUAUUAUUAUUGAUACUGCUUUGUGCUCACUAUGACAUAAGCUAAAAUAGAGAACAAUUAAUAUAUUGUUAUACAGAAGA